AUGAAUCCAUUAAAAUCUGCUUUCGGUGUGCAUGCAAGAGACUUCCUGGAGUUUGUGGUACAUAAACGAGGCAUCGAGAUCAAUCAAAACAAAACAAAAGCGAUCUUAGACCUCAAAAUCCCAUCGACAAAGAAGCAACUCCAAUCUUUGUUGGGAAAGAUAAACUUCUUAAGACGUUUCAUAUCGAGUAUAAGUGGUAAGACGAGGGUGUUCUCGCCACUACUCAAGAUUAAGAAGGAAAGUGAUUUUCACUGGGGACUAGAGCAACAAGAGGCUUUCGACGCCAUUAAGGGUUACCUUAUAAAGCCUCAUAUUCUUUUAUCUCCUAGUAGAGGAAAAAAUAUGAGUUUAUAUAUCACUGCAUCAGAUACGACUAUAGGGAGUAUGUUGGCACAAGAGGAUAUUAAUGGUGUCGAGAGACCCAUAUAUUACCUCAGUAGAAUGUUAAUAUAUGCUGAAACUAGGUAUAGUCUCAUCGAGAAACUGUGCAUAUGCUUCCGAAUUGGAAAAUGGGCACUAGCUUUAACAGAGUUUUCUCUGAUAUUUAAACCUUUAAAGGCUAUGAAAGGCCAGAUUGUGGCAGAUUUUAUAGUGGAUUAUGCCAUGGUUGAAUCAUCUCUAAAUAUGGUUGACACCAAACCAUGGCGAUUAUAUUUCGAUGGGUCAAGCCACAAGGACGGAACGGGAGUCGGGGUGUUAAUAUUAUCCCCACAGGAUGGCCCGACGAGAUUUAAGUGCAAGAUCAACGAAAAAUGUUCCAACAAUGAAGCUGAGCAUGAGGCCCUAAUAAUUGGUCUUCGACUCUUGAAAGGGUUGGGAGCCAGCCGAAUUGAAUUAAGGCGAGACUCGGAGUUGGUAAUCAAGCAAGUCACACGAGAGUACAAGUGCAUCAAGGAAAAUUUGUUGAAGUAUUUUGUGACGGCAACACAACUGUUGGAAUACUUUGAGGUUGCGGACAUAAAACAUGUGUCGAGAAAUGAAAACCAAGAAGCCAACGAUUUGGCCCAGAUCGCUUCCGGGUAUAAGAUGUCUAAGUCGAAAUGCCAAGAUAUGAUUGAAGUUCGGGAAAAGAUGGUGUCGGACGCACCGCCACUAACGGAAUAUAUCCUUGACAGGAAUGGCCAUCGUGAUGAAGGGUUCGAAGAAGAAUGUCAGGAAGCCUGUGGAUUCAAGAAGUCCUAG